AUGUCCGCAGCUCGCGACGCUAUUUCUCUAUCUUACCUCCGGCGAGCAGUGGUCAGCCUCCCUCCAUCAGCGGUCAGCCACACCAUAUUCCAUCGCCGGGUUACCAGUGCCGUCGGCACACGGCACCGUCGCUCCGUCGACGAUUCGCCGGCUGGGGAUAAGCCCAUAAGCUUCGAGCAUGCGGUAUAUCUUUUCAACAACGGCGAUUACCACCGGUGCCACGACUUCUUCGAGGAGCUCUGAUACGAAGCCGAAGAGCCUACUCGGACAAUUCUUCACGGCAUCCUCCAGUGCGCCGUUGGCUUUCAAAAUCUCUUCAACCAGAACCACCGCGGGGCGAUGAUGGAGUUGGGAGAAGGUCUUUGCAAGUUGAGGAAGAUGGGGAUCGAGAGCGGGCCAUUCCUUAGAUUCGAGCAGGAGAUCUCAGAAGCUUUGGAGUUUGUUUACCAGACGCAGAAGGAGCUUGCCGCAUGUGCUGAUGACUUGUGCAUCGCAAUGGAUGGCUCGGAAGUAUCCUAUAGAUUACUGGGAAGCUUUGCUGCUGGGCAAAAUCUAUACAAAGUAGAUCACAGUCCAGAAGGAUUACCUUGCAUCAUCUUUACUUCAAGUCGCCAUCACGUUUUAGAUAAGCCUUCCAUGGUUAAAGUUCCCACACUGGACGCAAGCAAAGAACAUCUUGAAGCAUUCCAGUAUAGAAGUAAAUAAGAAGGUUUCCUUUCAUCCUCUUACUGUAUAUUAUCUCUUUAUUCUCACUUAAGAUUGUACAUUUUGUCAGUAAGUCUUCCAUGAUUACCUCAAGAGCAACCUUAUUUUACUUGCUAAGAAAUAUAGUAUUUGGAAAUCAUUUUGUGGAAUCUUACAGAUAUAAGUUAUUUUCAUAAUUUUUA